CGUCCGCCUGGCUCGGGAGCUUGCUGGCAAGAACCGUGGGAGUGGCUCGCGCUCGGCCACCGCCUCGGGCUCGGACUCGGGCUCGGGCUCGGGUUCGGGCUCGAGCUCCAACACGUCGACCACCCAUGAUGAUGGGUCUGACUCGGCCGCUCGCGCAGCUGUCCAGCUCGUUCCGCGCGAGCUUCGCGGCGGUGAGGCUGAACUCCUUCCGGACGAUGUCUACGUCCCACUCUUUGCCUCGCCGGUCUACCAGUUUGCCAACGUUGGCUAUCCACAGCCAGCCGAAAAGUACGAUGCUGACCGAGUCGAGGUGGUUCCGGGCAACUAUGCCAACUACGACAUCCACUGGGAGGAGCUCGUGGGGUCAGGCGGGUACGGCGACGUGUACCGUGCAUCCAAGGCGCGCAACGGAAAAUGCGCGAGCCUGGUGGCCAAGGUCAUGCGGGUGAGCAAGGCGUCAGAUGCGGAGCUCAUCCAGCAUGAGAUCCACAUGCUGUUGGCUGUCCAGGGCCUGCCGAACGUGGUGAAGUUGGUUGACAUUGUUUGCGCGCCUCACUCCGAGUCCGAGUCGGAUUCUGGGUCCAAGGGAAGCAAGGGAGCAAGGGAGCAAGAAGAGCGGACAGAGCCUGCGCAAGCUCGGUGAUACCGUCCUGCUCUUUGAGUACCUCGACUCUCAGCCGUACCGCGACUUGUUCCGGAUGAUGUCACCGGCCGAGGCCAAGGUCUACAUGUUCCGGCUGUUCGAGGCACUCAAUGCCACGCACGCGGCGGGCAUCAUGCACCGCGACGUCAAGUGCGCCAACGUGCUGUUUGAGCGCAAGACGGGUUCACUCCGACUCAUCGACUGGGGCCUCGCCACGUGGUACGUGCCAAACGAGCCGGCGACCAAAUGGGCCGGGACGCGGCGGUGGAAGGCGCCCGAGUCGGUGGUGCACUACCCGUUCCCAGACUACGCCUCGGACAUGUGGUCGGCCGGCUGCAUCAUGGCCGUCCUCUUCUUCCAGUGCAACUGGCUUCAGCAACACGACUCGAACGAGGACCACAUGGUCAACGUCAUCCAGUACCUCGGCGCCGACGACUACGACGCCUGGCUCAACAGAUACUUUAUCACCAAGUCCAAAUGGUCGCUUGACUAUCUCGAGAGCGUGGCCGAGACCGAGCUUCCGCGCAAGCGGUUUGCUUGGUACAAGCUGGUGCGGACGCAGCGGGUGCUCGAGCUGGCCACCCCGCUUGCCAUUGACCUUAUUGACCGUGUCCUGGUCUUUGACCACGAGAAGCGGCUCACCGCCCACGAGGCUAUGCAUCACCCGUUCUUUGACGAUGUCCGUGCAGACCUUCUUGCUGCGUCCAAGAAGGCUGCCCGUGCGGGCCGCGGCCGCGGCGCAUGCUGCGCCUCGUCGGCCGCGGCUGCCGGCCCCAAGUCGGGCGGCUUCAAGGUUCGCCGCAAGGGUAAGAAGAGCAAGGCUGCAAAGUCAAAGCGGAAGAAGCACUCUUCAUCGCUGGCGUCUGGUGCCAUCAUCACUCUUGCCGAAGUCGAUCUUGAUGACUACGCAAAGCGACUCAAGGUCGUCAAGGCCCUUCCGACCAAGGCUGCAGUCAAGUCCGGUAAGGUCUUUGGCUCGACCGCGCGUCAGGCGGAGGAAAACCCGCGCGCUGCAGCCCAGGCGGCGUUCCCCUCCACCCGUGAAGACGCGCGGUUCCCGUCGUCGUCGUCAUCAUCGUCGUCGUCAGGCUCGGGCACUGGCACCGGCACCGGCACCGGCACCUACUCGGCGUACUCGACGGUGACGACGACCACCGCUGGCUCGUCGUCGCACACAAAGCCCACGGUGUUUGGUCCGUAUGAUCCGCUUGAUCUUGACGAGCUCUUUGGCCACUGCUCCGACUCAUUCGAGGUCUCGGACCGCACGGUCGAGCUGGUCAAGGCGCGGGUGAUGGCUAACAAGGCACAGCGGGCCUCGUAUCGGAGGCGGCGGCACGGGGCGGCGGCUGAGCAUGCGGAUCGGACCGGAUACGACAUGCUGGCGGCACGCGGCGAGACCUCGGUCAACGACUCGCUCACUUUUGACUUUGACACCUCGCUCAACAACUCGCUGCACUACAACUCACUCAACUCGUCGAUGCCGUUUGACCAGUCGCUGGGCUACGGCCGCGAGCCCGGCACGCCGCUCUACCACCGGUACUAGUUUGCAGCUAGCUGGGCUCGUACCAUGCCGCGCGCUCAGCGUCAGAGAGCGGGACGAUGUGCGGCUUGGCAAUGACGUCGCGCGGUGGGCGAGUAAAGAUGUCAAACUCCUC